AGACUACAUCUCCCAGGCCGCCACGCUUUCCAGCUGGAGCCCUAGGGCACUGAAUGCUCCCGGGUUUCCGCAGAGAAGCGCGGAGCUACCGCAGCUAUUGUGCGUCGAGCUGUAGCCUUCGUCACUCCCGCUUGCGUGUCUGUGGAGGAAGGCUAAAUUUCGUGGCCGCCCUGGUUUAACCUCUUCCGCGCCUAACGGGACAGCAGGCCAGUUCCCUUGAACUAGGAGGAACUCUUGCGAGUCAGAGGAUUCGGGUAACGAAACCCUAGGGGGCGAGGAAGACGACUGAAAACGGAGCCUGAGCCCUCGUUUCGGUACAGGGCUUCUCUGGGGCCGGGCGGCGGCGCUGACUUUGAGAAGGGGGAGGGGACCUUGCAAUCUGGGUUGCCCGCCGACUUUGGCGAAGGAAAUCUUCAGCCAGCUCAGGAGCAAGGAGGAAGGAGAGGCGACUCCCACCCCGGCGCUCACCCCCCGCCUACACCCUGGGCUGGCCUAAGUGUCACGUUUGCAAUUGCUCAUAAAGGAUCCGGUCGGGCUCCGGAGGCAAGCCGGGUUGCGUUUUCUGCUUCCUGUCAGGGGAGGCGAUGCCUAGGGGCCAUGCUGCUUGCUAGGCUGCACCUCGCUGGGAUCCGACUGCCUUAAUCGGCGCUCCCUGUUACCUGAAGUGAUCUUUCGGCCGCCCGUUUCUGGUACAGACCAGACAUCUCUCCGCAGGAAUCUCCUCCAAACAGCCCCUGCCAUCAGAACCAUGGGACAUCCACCGCUGGAGUUCAGCGACUGCUACUUGGAUAGCCCUGAUUUCCGAGAGAGGCUCAAGUGUUAUGAGCAGGAGCUGGAGAGGACCAAUAAAUUCAUCAAAGACGUGAUCAAAGAUGGCAACGCUCUUAUUAGCACAAUGAGAAAUUACUCCUCAGCUGUUCAGAAAUUUUCCCAGACACUGCAAUCCUUUCAAUUUGAUUUUAUUGGGGACACACUAACUGAUGAUGAGAUUAACAUUGCUGAAUCCUUCAAGGAAUUUGCCGAAUUGCUCAAUGAAGUAGAAAACGAGAGGAUGAUGAUGGUACACAACGCUAGUGAUCUGCUAAUCAAACCCCUGGAAAAUUUCCGGAAGGAGCAGAUAGGCUUUACCAAGGAGCGGAAAAAGAAAUUUGAAAAGGAUGGUGAAAGGUUUUAUUCCUUGCUGGAUCGUCACUUGCAUCUGUCUUCCAAAAAGAAAGAAUCUCAAUUACAAGAGGCAGACCUCCAGGUGGACAAGGAGAGGCACAAUUUCUUUGAGUCCUCCCUUGAUUAUGUUUAUCAAAUCCAGGAAGUUCAGGAGUCCAAGAAGUUCAACAUUGUGGAGCCAGUCUUGGCCUUUCUUCAUAGCCUCUUCAUUUCCAGCAGCUUGACUGUGGAGCUCACACAAGAUUUCCUCCCAUAUAAACAGCAGCUCCAGCUCAGUUUGCAGAAUACAAGAAAUCAUUUCUCCAGUACUCGGGAAGAGAUGGAAGAACUUAAGAGAAGGAUGAAAGAAGCUCCCCAGACAUGCAAACUUCCAGGACAGCCAACCAUUGAAGGCUACCUCUAUACGCAAGAGAAAUGGGCUUUGGGAAUAUCCUGGGUGAAAUACUACUGCCGGUAUGAGAAAGAGACCAAAACGCUCACCAUGAUGCCCAUGGAGCAGAAGCCAGGUGCUAAGCAGGGGCCCUUGGACUUAACCUUGAAGUACUGUGUGAGAAGGAAGACGGAGUCUAUCGACAAGCGGUUCUGUUUUGAUAUAGAAACUAAUGAAAGGCCAGGAACCAUCACUCUGCAGGCCCUUUCAGAAGCUAACAGAAGGCUAUGGAUGGAGGCCAUGGAUGGAAAAGAACCUAUCUACCACAGCCCCAUAACAAAACAGGAAGAAAUGGAGCUGAAUGAAGUGGGGUUCAAGUUUGUUAGAAAGUGCAUCAAUGUCAUUGAGACCAAAGGGAUCAAGACAGAGGGAUUGUACCGUACUGUGGGCAGCAACAUCCAGGUUCAGAAGCUGCUGAAUGCCUUUUUUGAUUCUAAAUGCCCAGGAGAUGUUGAUUUUCAUAGUAGUGACUGGGAUAUUAAGACAAUCACCAGCUCCUUGAAAUUCUACCUCAGGAAUCUUUCUGAACCUGUCAUGACCUAUAGACUUCACAAAGAGCUGGUCUCUGCUGCUAAGUCUGACAACCUGGAUUACCGGCUGGGAGCUAUUCACUCAUUGGUAUAUAAGCUACCAGAAAAGAACCGAGAGAUGCUCGAACUUCUUAUAAGACACUUGGUCAAUGUGUGUGAGCACAGCAAAGAGAAUCUUAUGACCCCCUCCAACAUGGGGGUGAUCUUUGGGCCCACCCUGAUGAGAGCUCAGGAGGACACAGUUGCUGCCAUGAUGAACAUCAAAUUCCAGAACAUUGUGGUAGAAAUCCUAAUCGAGCACUUUGUCAAGAUCUAUUCAGGUCCACCGGAGGAAAAUGCUACACCCCCAGUGCCUCCUCCUAGAGUGACAGCAAGAAGGCACAAACCAAUCACAAUUUCAAAGCGUUUGCUACGGGAAAGGACAGUCUUCUACACUUCUUCGAUGAAUGAAAGUGAAGAUGAAAUCCAAUAUCACAUGCCCAAUGGCACUAUCAUCAGCAGUAUAGAACCCCACAAGCAGCUACAAUACCCCAAACUACCAAUUCAAAGGAGUACGGAAGCUGAUCCUGGGAGGAAGUCCCCAAGCAGGCCUGUUUCAGAUGGCAAGUUGGAGUCAUGCCCUGAGGUGGAUGUGGGGAAAUUGGUGUCCAGGCUUCAGGAUGGAGGGACCAAGACCAUACCAAAAGCCACCAAUGGACCUGUGCCAGGCUCUGGGCCCACUAAGGCUCCUUUCCACAUAAAGAGACCAGCUCCUCGGCCCCUGGCUCACCACAAGGAGGGGUGGCUUCCAGGACCAGGUUCUUUGAAACAGCUUCCCGGAAAACAGGAAGUUCUCAAGGCAGACUUCCUGGAGAUGAGAGUUGAGGCCUCAGGUUUUAAAAGACUUGGCCUCAGGAAACCCUUUCUAGGUUCUUUAAGGAUUUUCUUAAAACCCCUGUGUGCUGAGUUAUUUUGUUCUGAAGAGCAGCUCCUUACUGGCCCUGCACCUUCAGGUUCUCAGAUGCUAUAAAAUAAGAGGCACACAUCCUAGAUACAGGUUUAUUUCUCCUUUGUAUUCUGUCUUCAUCCCCUCAGAAGGUCUGUCUUGAGCUCCUGUAAGACUGAAUGGCUGAACCUCCCUCAAGCCAGACUCUGCAGAAACCAAGUUAUCCACCCACCUGAGUUGAAGAGGGGAGCUCAGUCUUCAAAUCUUCUCUGAACUUCCUUCCUAUUCGAAAGGCCAUUGAACUCUGACAGAUUUGGGGCUAAUGACUGAUCUCAGAGGUUUUAUCCUGAACUAAAAGCUACUUGAGUUGGGGCCAUUGCUUACCUUGGAAGUAGGGGCAUAGGAAUGUUUGCUGAACAUUGGAGAAUCUUAACAUGUCUCUUACUGAGGAUAAGGUCCCUGGUGCCAGGUUGAAGCUCUGGCACUGCAAUAUAUUGCCAAGAACCUGUCUGCUCCAAGGAGACUCAGGAAGCUGACCUUCCUUCUCUUGCAUAACAGCUGCUUAGGACAGGUCUACAAAGCAUGUUUUGCAUUUUGAAGACCUGUUUUUGCAGGUCUGUUGAUUAUUCUCCAUCUUGAUUUCUCCUGACAGCUUCCUUUCCAAGCAAUCAAGAAUAAAACAAAAGCUGAAAACAGUUCUUUAAAAAAGGCAGACUGUGUCCUGCAGGAUUUCCAUUUUUUGGUCAAUUGAUGGGAAAAAUUGUUAAGGUAGAUUGAGGCCAGGCAGCUACCACUGUUGCUUCAUGUUUGCCUUCUGCAGAUACGUUCUUUAUCUCCUGAAAGAAGCAGUUCAUAACCUAGUGUUCAUGGAUUCAGGAACUUCAUGAAGCUUCUGAAAUGGUAUGCAGAAUUAAACAACAAUGUGCCUUUUCUGGGAAGGUGGUCCAUAACAUUUUUCUGACUUUUAAAUGGGCCUGUGACCCAAUAAAGUUUAAGAACCAUGGCCCUCGAGAUGAAACACUUUUUAUAACCCAUAAAGUAUUUGAUUAGAAGGGCCUUUCAAAAUCAUUUAAUCUAACUGCUUAGUUUACCAUUGGGGAAACUGAGGGAGAGCAAGUUAGCAGCCAUGCCCAAAUGAGAUCCCAGGCCCCUGAGCAACUAUGCAAGGUUCUUUCUUUUACACCACACUCAUCUAGUAAGAGACCUUAUUAUUGCUGGCUUCAGUGGUCCACAUUUUGGGGUUUGGUUUUUACCCUCUUUCUUGAGCCCCACGUAUUUACCACUAAGUGGAAAACUUGCAGGCAUAACCUUCUGGUGUUCCUCAUUUUCCAUCUCCAUCAUUGAAAGGAACAAGAGUGCAAUUGGUAUAGUGAGAAGUCUGAGCAGUAGAUAUUUCUGAUUUUUGUUUGUUGAAGGGAAGCUGCUGGAGAAACUGUCAUUGUGGUCCUAUGCAGAGGCCUGGGCCAUAGCCUGUCUUUAGUGUCUGUGUAAUUAUAAUGUGUGGGAGAAAGGGCUUUCCUACUUAGACCCUUCUAGUAAGGCCCUGCUAGUAUACUGACUCUAGUACUGAGAAGUAUAGACUUGGUUGGUGAGGGGGAGGUAAAGGAGACCGUAAAGAGAUGGAGAAUGGAAGAAGGGGAAGAGAGAGCGAGAGACAGAGAAUGUACGCAUAACUAAACCAACUCUGAGAUGCCUUUGGGACAGUGUUAUGGAAAGGCAAUUGUCACUUUCAAGAUUGAAGUCUAAGCAUGGUCGCUUGGUGAGUUAAUAACAUGUAGGCUAAACAUACUGAGAGCCUUUGUGGAAACAACUGAGUGAAAAUGUGAUGCCAUUCGCAAUGAAGACAUGCCCAGCUGGCCACACCACUUUCUCAGCUCUACCCAGUUUCAAAGGCCAAGUUGCUAAGGAACCAGGAGUCAAGUGACCACCAUUCUACUUGCUGCUCACCCCCAAAGGUAGCCUCUGUGAGGCUGUUGGCCUCACCCAGGAUGUGCUUAUUGAGCACUGGUCUCAGAGCUGUGGCCUCUAUGCUCUGUCCCAUUAGAUGACUAACAAAAGCAAGCAGGUGUGCAGAUUUUUCCCACAGAAACAGUGGCCACUGGGGCCUCGGUCCCUUUGAAGAUGGUCCAGAUAUCUUUUCACUCUGUUUUUAAUUUUCGUUUUUGGUGCGGGGAAUACCACAAACACCACUACAAAUAUUGAAAGAUUAUUGAGAACCAGAGAAAGCUGCUUUGAUCCCGGUGGAGUGGGUGUCCCAGAAAUGUGGCCAUGAGAUUGCUGUGUGAUCCUAGGACCGAUAUCAAGAGGCUGGCCUAGAGAGUUGGGACCACCAGUCUGGCUGGAGGCCAUGAAGGAGUGCCUGGCUAGCUUUGACACUGCCCUGGGCUAUACAAAAAGAAUGCCAAAGAAUGAACCUCAGCACCUCCCCUUUCACACUCUGGCUUAAAGAGCAAAAUCUUCUGUGGGAAUGAGACUGGCUUGGCCCAAGUUUAGUGGAUGGAUAGUUAUUUGAAAGAGGCUAUGGGAAGGGGUGAUAAUUGAAGAGUGGCAACUAUAGGAAAGUAUCUACAUACUUCAGCCAGCAGGUUAGAGAAACUGGCAAUGGAAGACUGUAAAUCUUCCAUUGACAGUGAUUAACAUUUAUUAAGCACCUACUAAGUGCUAAGUUCCUUGCAUACAUUAUCUCAUUUAUAAUAAUCAUACAGGUAGAUGCUAUUCACUUUAAAGAUAGAGGAUUUAUGGCCCAGGGCAUAAAGUAACUGUCUCAAGGUCACACAAGAAGUAUAUAAAAGAACUGUGAUUCAAGUCCAGGCCCUCAGACUCUGUACCCUCUGCUGUUUUCCCUAUGCCACCCAGAAGCCACAGUACUGGAGCUGCCACGGCUCUUUGAUUUAUUUGCCUGCCUAACAAAAUAUUAAAAGGCAAGCAUUUGAGGGGAAAGAGAGUAUGUAGGUCUGGUUUACAGGGGAAAAAAUCUGGGCUGGAAGAGACUAGUGACAUCCCCAUGUGCAGUCUGAGAAGUGGAAAAGGUCUUGGUGCCUUUGUAGUACUUGAUGCCUUGGGAUCAAAUCCCUGUGAAGUUUUGCUGUGGUGAUAGAAAAAGUUAAGAGAUGAUUUAAAAUAAGAAAUAUUAUUGAUGUUUUUGUUUAAUGAAAAGUGAGGAGAUGGUUGUCCAUCCACUGAGGGGUGAAAAUCAGCAUCCAAUUUUAGUAAUAAAAUAGUGUCAUGUAGAGUAUUCCUAAAAUAAGUGGCUAUCAUGGGGAAGUAACCUUCCCUUUUUAAGAAGUUCUUUGAUUCUGUAAUAACUAGAACAAAUCACAUGGCAGAAGAAGUAUUUCUGUGAUUAGAAAAAAUUUGCCUUUGGGAGAAUCUCAUUCAAUGAUACUAUUUUUAAUGUAACUGCAGACAACUGACCUUGGCAUAUUACAAGCCCAGAAAAAGCUUCAGAAGCAUUUAAAAAUUGCAGAGGGAAGCAAAAUACCUUGAAGAGAUGUUUUUGAUGGAGAAAAGCCUUUAUUUGCAUAGGGAAAAGAAGCACAUGAUACCAAGGAUAUUUAAUAGACACUAAAAAGAAUGCCUAUGUGAAAUACAUAUGUGACAUCAGACAAAAGAAUGCAAUCCUGGCGCCUAUUCUUGUGACUUUCAGUAAAGUAUACAGACUGUCUAGUA